GCCGGAUUUCCACUUCUAUUAUUCAUAUUUUGUCUCCUUUUCUGUUUAUCCUGUAGCUUUGUACUAUUUCAGCCCACCUAUAGAACACAUUCUGUUGAUUGUUGACUGUUUCCUGUAUCUUACCGGUGCCAAACGUUAUCUACAAUGCUGCUAAGACGCCUGUCGCUAAUUGCACUAUGCGUGGCCAGCCAAUACGCAGGCAUUUGCCUUGCUGCCGAUGAAACGUCAGGCAGGCCCCUCGACAUUCGCCUGUUCCAUUCGCUGAACCGCAUCGGUGGGCCGGUGGUAUCCCCCAACAACGGCCACGCGAUAUUCGUCACCACAACCUACAACCCAGACUCCAACAAGUCUUCCUCAUACGUCAGCCUUCUCGACAUUGCCACGGGCAAUAUCACGCAGCUGACCGAUAGCCAGCCUGGUCAAGCUGCCUCCAACCUCCUGUGGUUCGACGACGAGACAAUCGGAUUCAUGCGGCACGGUACGCUCUACUGCCAGCAGAUUUCUGCCAACGCAGCGCCUCUACUUGUAUACAACCCGCCCACACCCAUCAGCAGCGUGUCGUACCGGGCCAACACCGGGCUACUGGCGUUCACAGGCAAGCUAAUUAGACGUGCCGAGGCUAACAAGACGGACUCCGGCAUGGUAUUCGACAACCUGUGGGUCAGGCACUGGAACGAGUGGAUGUCAAAGGAGAAGCCCCGUGUGUUUGUUGCCUCGCUCUCCAAGGGCCCGCUGGGAUGGUCUGAAUUUGCGAUCUCGCCGCAUGGUGAUAAUGUUGCAUUCGUGACCCGACCGCCUUCCGAAGAUAUGGCAUGGAAAACGGACGUCGACAUUUACCUCGUAUCCACUACUGGCAGCACUCACCCGCGUCUAUUGACCGGCCAUGUCCAUGGGAUGGCCAGUUCCCCAGCAUUCUCAUCCGAUGGCAGGAAAUUAGCAUGGCUGCAGAUGGAGACGCCAGGAUACGAGGCUGAUAUCAACCGCAUAUAUGUGCACGACAUUGCGACCCGUGAGACCAUAUCGAUCGCACGAAACUGGGAGCUGACGCCGCACUCUCUUCUGUGGUCGGCUGAUGACACAGAGCUGAUCACAAUGACCGGGAAAGAGGGAACCAACCGGCUCAUCGCUGUCAAUGUUGCUACCGGUGCACGCAGAGAACUGACCAAAGAGGGCUCAUCCAGCUCUGUGCGCCUCGCUGGCCCCAAUAAGAUCCUGUAUGUCCAUAGCGACAACGACAAGUGCUCCGACAUCCAUAUCCUCGACACAUCAUCAUUCGAGACAAAGCAGCUGACCGAUAUCAACGAGGAAAAACUCCGCAACGUCUACUUGAGCAAGGCCGAGGAUUUCUGGUUCCCUGGUGCUCGCGGCGACCUCGUCCACGGGUGGCUUCUGCGGCCGUACAAUUUCGACAAGCGCAAAAAGUACCCGCUCGCCUAUCUUGUGCAUGGCGGCCCGCAGCAAGCAAACACGCAUUCGUUCAGCCAUGCCCAGUGGAAUCCGAACAUGUACGCCAGCGCCGGAUUCGUCACCGUCCAGAUCAACUUCCACGGGUCGCCAACAUACGGCCAGAACUUCACCGACUCCAUCCGCCACAACUGGGGCAACUACCCCUAUGUCGACUUGAUGCGUGGAAUUGACUACAUCGCUGACAAGCACAGGUUUAUUGACACGACCCGCAUGUGCGCGCUGGGCGGCUCGUUUGGCGCAUAUAUGAUGAACUGGUUCAACGGACACACAGACCGGUUCAAAUGCCUGGUCGCCCACGACGGAAAGCUCAGCACGGUAUCAGGGUACUACGGUACUGACGAGCUGUGGUUCCCUGAGUGGGAUCUGGGCAAGCCCUGGGAGCCCGCCGGCAGGGAGAUCUUGGAGGAGAAUAACCCGGAGCGGUUUGCAUCGAGCUUCCGCACACCCACCCUGUUCAUCCAGGGAGAGAAGGAUUUCAGGAUCCCUGUAUCGGAGUCCCUGGGCGGCUUUACCCUGUUGAGGCGCAGAGGAAUCCCGGCGCGCCUGCUGUACUUCCCCGAUGAGGACCACUGGAUCAACCGCAACAUAAACUCGAUAAAGUGGUAUACUGAGGUGCUUAGUUGGAUUACUCAGUGGACAAACACCACAGCACCGUACCCAAUCCGUCCCAACCCGUCACCAAAAUGAUGUCGUUUUCACGUUUCUAAUCCAUGUUUUCGUCUGCCUAGUAACCAUAUAUGCCAUGUAGCUGCAAUGG